AGCUCUAAGGCUUCUUCACUGGACCACGGAAAGAUGCAAAGAAAACGCUAAAAACUUCGUUAAUACGUCAGCCCAGACUAUAGGUAAAAUCUACGGGGUCCGUCCUAUGAAUGGGUUACAAAUAUCUUAUGUAUAUCACACGAGAAUAAAGUGCACGGAAGAGCUAAGUUUAUAAGCUGAAAAUUUCUUCAAUACGACACUCGGUAUCACAAGUAAAAGCAGCGAGGUUGAACCCUUGGAAGGGUCUUAUGCGCGAAUAGUGUGUUCAGCGAGGCGCUUGCUUACACCUUUCUUCCACAUAAAAGUUCUGAGCACCUUUCUAAGCCAUGGGGAAUACCGAGAGCAAUGUUACCAGCGGCGUUAAGAAACAAGCUGGCGUCUCCACGCAAGCACUCUACAAAUUCGUUAAUCUCAAAGGCGGCGGCCUGCUGGUGGACAUGAUGAAGCGCGCUUGUCAGACAAAGCAGUUUGCAGAGAUCGAUCAUGCCAUUAAGACGAAGGUGGAACCUUUUCUCUACAAUAAAGGCGCUGGUCGCUACUUUCCCAUAUCGAAGUUGGUGCUGUUGCGUAAUAAAGAGCGUGCGCGUACCAAGCAGCUGCCUGAGAUUAGAGCAAUGGAGAAUCCCGAUGAAGAUUUUAAUAUACACGAUCAUUGUACCGAGGUUUCGGAGGCUGAGUACAUAUCGAAUCCGAGUGCUUAUCGUUAUGUUUGCUGGAAUUUGAAUGAACGUGGCGCUGUCGGUGAGACUAUCUUGCAUCUCUGUCUGUUGAAUGCCUCAUCGCUGCAUGCCGAUCUGGCGAAACGUCUGCUCAAGUUUUAUCCCAAACUCAUACUGGAUGUGUAUAUGUGUGAUGAGUAUUAUGGUGAGAGCGUUUUGCAUAUCGCGAUCGUUAACGAAGAUCCAGCAAUGGUUAAGUAUCUGCUCGACGCAGGCGCUGAUGUGCAAGAACGCUGCUGUGGCGCCUUCAUGUCCGCGGAGGAUCAGAAAGCAUCACGCUACGACUCACCCGAUCAUGAAUAUGUCGGCGUACAACCGAUGACCAACUAUGAUGGCUACGUUUAUUGGGGCGAGUAUCCGAUGAGUUUUGCUGCUUGUCUCUCGCAAGAAGACUGUUUUCGUUUGGUAUUGGCGCGCGGCGCUGAUCCGAAUCUGCAGGACACCAACGGUAAUACCUCGCUGCAUAUGUUGGUGAUCUAUGAAAAGAUCGAAAUGUUCGAUGUGGCCUACGAGGUGGGUACUAAUAUACAUUUGCGUAAUGUACAAAACCUGACAGCUUUGACGUUGGCGGCGAAAUUGGGUCGCGUCGAGAUGUUCUUUCACAUAUUGAGUAUUGAACGCGAGAUCUACUGGCAGUUGGGUAGCAUAACGUGUGCGGCAUAUCCACUCUCGAUGAUCGACACAAUCGAUGUGGAGACGGGUAAUAUCAAUAAGGACUCGGUUUUGAAUUUUGUCGUGUUUGGUGACAAACUGGAGCACUUGGAGCUGCUGGAUGGCGUAGUGAUCGAUUUGUUGAAGACCAAAUGGGAGUCCUUCGUCAAGUCGCGUUUCUACAAGCAGUUUUAUAUGUUCUCCUUCUAUUUUCUCUUCUCAUUAAUCAGUUUCAUCUCGCGACCAGGACCGACUGAAAAGAAUGAGGACGAUGAUGAUGAUGAUGAUGCUGAUGCUAGCGUUGAGGCUACCGUAACGCGCGCAGCGAAUAGUACGGCUCCGCUACAACGUGGCGAUCAGUGGUUCAAGCGCUUGAUCAAGCGUGCUAUCGACAAGAUGGAAUACAAAACCUUUUGGCUGAACUUCACAGACUACUUUGAUGACAACGACGUGGAAUCGGUGCCACCGUGGUGGGCGAGCUAUGCCGAGUGCCCGCUUAUGAACAUGGAAUCGGACUUAGCGAAGCUACGCAUUGUGGCGGAAAUAAUUAUAUUUUUUGGCUCGGUUCUAUAUUUAUUCGCCGCGCUGAGAGAGGCACGCUUUCUGGGCUAUAAAAUGUUUGUCGAAAAUAUGAUGACCGCACCUUCGCGUGUCAUGUUUCUUUUCUCUUGCGCACUGAUGAUGUCUAUACCUUGGCUGAGGGUGUUUUGUCUGACUGAGAUCGAUGACCACGUGGCGGUAUUUAUUAUGCUUACAACAGCACCCUAUUUUCUGUUCUUCUGUCGCGGCUUCAAAACUGUCGGUCCCUUCGUUGUGAUGAUCUAUCGCAUGGUCAUGGGUGAUCUUAUACGUUUUGUCUCCAUUUAUUUGGUUUUUGUAAUGGGUUUCUCGCAAGCUUACUAUAUUAUUUUUCUCACCUUUGACAAUCCCGCUACACCGGAGGAAAUCGAUGACUCCGAGUCGAAUCCAAUGCCCUCACCAAUGGAGUCUAUCGUUGCAAUGUUUCUGAUGUCACUCACGAAUUUCGGUGACUAUUUCGGCGGCAUGGCCUCGACACAGCAUGAAUAUGAAGCGAAGACACUCUUCUUUCUCUUCAUGGUAAUCGUCAGUGUGUUGUUGGUGAACAUGUUGAUCGCCAUGAUGGGUAAUACCUAUCAGAAGAUUGCCGAAAUACGCAACGAAUGGCAACGUCAGUGGGCGCGUAUAGUUUUGGUGGUGGAGCGCAGUGUACCACCAGCGGAGCGGCUCAAGAACUUCAUGCACUACAGUCAACCAAUGUCGGACGGCAGGCGUGCGUUGGUGUUGCGUUUAAAUAUGAGCGAUGAAGUUAAGGAGGAAAUGAAGGAGGUACAAGAGACCAAACGCAUACAUCAGCGCUUCUCGAAGAAACGACAAAUUGAGCGCGAGGCGAGAGCACAAAAGAGACAAGAGGAGUAUGAGAAAUUCUUUGGCAAGAAGCCGUCGGGCAACAGUGAUAACAAUAAUGCCUAA